CGACCGCUGCUGCGUUCGUGAAAAGUGGGAAGUCGGAGUACGAUAAUCCCAGUGGGAUCGUCUUUGUUCCGACCUCAAAGCGUUCGAGGUAAAACAAGUAAACAACAACAAGUAAAACAAAGAAGAUAGCGACACAAGACGGAAAAGCAGCUCCGAUGGUGGCAGUCGUCACGUGUCUUUUUGUGUUUUCUUAAAAUGUGCCUAUUACAUUCAUCGGGCGUGUUUGGACUCGCAAGAAGUCUCACCUUAUAUUAAAACAAUUAGAACGAAGACGGCGGUUAUCAUCUCGGAUGACGUUUGGUGUCGUAUGACAGCCUCUAUUGCAAAUUCGCAAAGUUUGUCCCGAAGCGGCAUCCGUCGCAUCACGUGACCACCAGGCCGGAAGUACUAUUUUUUGGCGCUAGAGGCAAACGUCAGCUGUUUCUGCUUGCUUGCCGUCUUCUUUCUCCUCGUUAUUUAUGUUUAUUUUCGUGGGCCGACGUGUGCUGUGACCCUGCGCUCGUCCAGGAUGUUCUGCGAGAAAGCCGUCGAGCUCAUUCGAGAGCUUCAGCGGAUCAGCGACGGACAACUUCCCGCCUUCAACGAGGACGGCGUGCGACAGGUGCUGCAGGAGAUGGAGGCACUUUACGAACACAACCAGACUGACGUAAACGAGACCAAAAGCGAGCACAGAGCCGACUUGCUGCCCUCCAUCCGCCUGCGUCACUGCUGCCUGCUGAGGAACCAACGCUGCGUCGGCGCCUACUUGUACGACCGGUUGCUGCGGAUCCGAGCGCUGCGCUGGGAAUACGGCAGCGUGCUUCCCGCCAACGUGCGCUUCCACAUGAGCGCCGAGGAGUUGCAGUGGUUCACGCGCUAUAAAAAAUCGCUGGCCUCAUUCAUGCGCUCGCUGGGCGGAGGCGGCGGACUGGACGUCACGCAGGACAUGAGGCCGCCCAAGAGUCUUUACAUCCAGGUCAGGUGCGUGAAGGACCACGGCGAGCUGGAGAUCGACGACGGGACGCUCGUGCUUCUCAAGAAAAACAGUCAGCACUUCCUGCCACGCUGGAAAUGCGAGCACUUGAUUCGUCAAGGCAUCCUGGAGCACGUCGUCCACUGAGCGACCACUUGCACUUCUCUUCCGCGACCAAAAGGGGGCGUAGCCGAGCAAAGUGCAGCAGCUGUUUGCCAUCCUGUUUGUAUGAACUUGUCUGGCCACCCAGCAUAUGUGAAAUUAAACGAGCAAGUUGUGGCUUAGGCGUAAA